UUUAUGGAGGUUCGACAUACAGUUUUCUCUCACAUGCAGUUCCUAGCUGCAAGGUUACGAGGGACAAACUUGUGUGCCGCGAGGUACUCCAUACCAUGCAGGGGUGACUUGACGACAUGUAUUCAGCAGUUUGCUCCUAGCCGAUGAAACCUGGAAGAAGACUCAGUUCAUCGAGUUGUACACAAAAGUUCGAGAGACAGCCGUACACACACACUUCCGUCUUCUGCUAUAUCGGCCCUGGUGAAUGUGCAGGCCGCUUUCUCAGAAAUCCACCGAUGCAUGGGGCUGAGACUCUCUCACCAUAAGGUGCAGAAUGGAAGGGAUGUAGAUGACAGGUGAACCAGUGGCCUUCUGGACUAUAUCCCGUCGCCAACCGGGGGCUUAAGGGCUCCUGGACCGACCACUGGACCACCCAUAGAGAGAAGAGUGACAUAAUAGCAGUAGACUUCACUGACAUGAUAGAAUUUCAAUAACUGAUUCAAUAGGUGUGUAUAACCCAUGAUAUGAACGAAUGAGCCUUA